AUUGCACAUGCCAGCAAUGCACUCGAGAGACAAGAGUGAGAAGACAAUGGCCAUCAAUACCAUUUCCUCCUCGUUUCCGAGGCUAUUCCUCGUUAGUACUCUUGUAUUUCUUUGUUCUUUGAAGGGGCUUGGAUUUGCCUUUGAAGGAAGAGAGACAAUAGAGAAGAACCUUCUUCACCACACUCAUACCGUUCAAGUCAGCUCUCUACUACCAUCAACUACUUGCACCCCUUCUACCAAAGAUCCUCAUAGAAAUGGGUCCAGCUUGAAAGUGCUACACAAGCAUGGUCCAUGCUCUCAACUAAACCAAGACAAAACAAAAACUCCCACCGACGCUGAAAUUCUGGAGCAAGACCAAUUAAGGGCGGAGUUUAUUCAAUAUUCCAGGCGCUCCAAGAGGUUGGGCGGCGAGGUUCUGAGGAGGAAGUCAGGGUCAAAGGCCUCCACCAAUAUCCCAGCCAAUCUUGGCGGAUCUUUCCGCACAAACAACUACAUUGUGACGGUCGGACUGGGCACACCGAAAAGGAGCUUGACGCUCGUAUUUGACACCGGUAGCGACCUCACCUGGACUCAGUGUCAGCCUUGCGCCGGGUCCUGCUACGACCAAAACGAUGCCAUCUUCGACCCUUCUUAUUCCUCGACUUACACCAAUAUUACCUGUAGCUCUCCGUUGUGCUCUCAGCUCAUUUCUGGCCCAGGAAAUGAACCCGGUUGCUCUUCCUCAACAUGCGUAUACGGUGUACUGUAUGGCGACAACUCGUUUUCGCUGGGAUUUUUUGGUAAAGAAAAGCUAACCUUAACAGCAAAGGACGUGUUCAAAGAUUUCCUAUUCGGCUGCGGUCAAUAUAACAAAGGCCUGUUCGGCGCCACUGCGGGGUUGCUCGGCCUCGGCCGCGACAAGCUCUCCUUAGUCGAACAAACUGCAAAUAGGUACGGCCGCAUCUUCUCCUACUGCCUUCCCCCGACCUCCAGCUCAACAGGGCACCUCACUUUCGGGAAAGGCUCUGGCAAAGCUUCGAAUACCAUAAAGUUCACCCCCUUCUCGAAAUCAUACUCCAAAUCGUCAUUUUACGGCCUAGACUUGCUUGGAAUCAGCGUCGCAGGAGAUAAGCUAGCGAUCCCGCCUUCGGUUUUCUCGACUGGGUUGAUCAUCGACUCUGGGACAAUCUUGACAUACUUACCGCCCACGGCGUACAACGCGUUGAGGACGGCGUUCCGACAGGCGAUGAAGAACUAUACGAUGGGUGAGGCUUUUUCGAUACUCGACACCUGCUACAACUUCAGCAAUCGCAACACCAUUUCCGUACCGAAGAUAGUCUUCUCCUUCAGCGGUGGCGUCGACGUGGAAGUGGACAAGCUCGGGGUGUUCUUAGUUGUUCGAACCCUUUCUCAGGUUUGCUUGGCUUUUACUGGGAACAAGAAUGCCAAUGACACGGCGAUAUUUGGGAAUACUCAACAGAGGUUGGAGGUGGUGUACGAUGUUGGCGGAAGCAGGAUUGGGUUUGUUCGUGGUGGUUGUUAAGCACAGAGACAUGUAUAAUCUGCGUACGUACGUGUUGGGCUUUAGUACGUACGGAUUAGAAAGGUUAAUUACUACUGGUGAUCAUCAUACAUCUCAUAAACUGUUCGAAAAAUAAAUAUAAAUAGAUUGAAAAAUAAAACGAU